AAGCACCCGAAUACUAAAGAAUGAUGUUCCCUCGAAGAUACAAUGAUAUUUAAAAAAUGCACCCCGUGUUGUAAUAUUUUGUAAAGACGAAGGAAACGAUUGUUGGUUUUUAGACUUCUUGUUUCACGAUGACAACUCCUUUCCCCCUCUACUCUUAUUGUUUCUGCUUCGGGAAGGUGGGAUCAGGAUUCUGACGCAGUGUUUUCGAGGCGUUGCUGCAGCUUCACACUCGGAGAGCAGACCUACAACUGCAGUCUGCGAUCACAGGCGGAGGCACGCACUGAGGAGGGGUUAUACGCGGAAUGUCUGCUGUUUGACUCAAAUCUAUCAGAUCAAAAUCAGAUGGUGUUGAUGUCGUGGUACCGGAGGACACGCUGGCGGUGCCAGGCAACCCGCUUUCCUUUCAGACCGGACCGUUUGGACUUUUAAACCAGACCCAUUAAUUGCGGUAAGGUUUCUGUUGUUCUGCAUUCAGCGGCGCGGAAUAAGAACAUGCAUGAAAUGCUUGCGCCGCCUUAUUUUCGCCUUCCUGAAACAAUGGAAAAGACCGACGUUUUUUCGUCAAGAUUUGGUUUUGAUUGCAUUUCUUUUGCCAUUGUUGACUUUGUGACGGCGCUGGUGGAGAUCACGCGAAUUGGCGAGGCAAGGAAACAGAGCACCAUGCUGCCAGGAUAAUAAAUGAUUUCCCUCAAUGAAAAGGAGGAGGUGGGGUCUCUCUGCGAAACCAUGGCUGAAAGGGACAACAAUCUGAAAACAGCCAGGUUGUGGAGGGACGCGGCCCUGCGGUCCAGGAAGCUGCGCAGCAACCUACGGCAGCUCACCCUCAGUGCCAAAAACAGCCAGAAGAUUACUCUGCCUGAGAACAUCAGCGAGAUCGAGGUCCUCAACCUGGGCAACAAUUCCCUCCAAGAGUUGCCAGAGGGUCUGGGCGCUGCCCUCACCAACCUGCGCAUCCUCGUUCUCCGCAGGAACAAGUUCCCCUCUGUUCCAUCAGCCGUGUUCGAGCUGGGCCAGCUGACAGAGCUCGACCUCAGCCACAACUGCCUGGGCUACUUCUCCGAGGACAUAGGCCUCCUCCGGGGGCUGAAGAAGCUGUGCCUCAGCCACAACAAGAUUCAGUACCUGCCGUCGCAGAUCGGCACCCUGCAGGGCCUCGAGGAGCUGGACAUCAGCUUCAACGAGCUGCGAGACUUCCCCAGGUCCUUCUCUAAGCUUGGCAGGCUGCGCACGCUGGACGUGGACCACAACAAGCUGGACUACUUCCCCCUGGAGGUGCUGGCACUCGGCGACCUUGAGGAGCUAGACUGUUCUGGGAACAAAUUUGAAGUUCUGCCCGGCGACAUCAGGAAGCUGCAGUCCAUUAAGAUCCUGUGGUUGAGCGGCACGCUGGUCUCCUCACUGCCCGACUCCUUCUGCGAUAUGAGCAACCUGGAGAGCCUGAUGCUGGACAGCAACAACUUGACGGCGCUGCCGCCCUCCUUUGGCAAGAUGCAGAGGCUGAAGAUGCUCAACCUCUCCUCCAACGCCUUUGAGGAAUUCCCCCUCGUUAUCUUCCAGAUCGCAGGCUUGGAAGAGCUUUAUCUGAGCAGGAAUAAACUGACGCUGGUCCCCGAACAGAUCGGCCAGCUGUCUAACCUGGCUAAUUUAUGGCUGGACAAUAAUAGAAUAACAUAUCUGCCUGACUCCAUUGUUGACUUGGAGAAGCUGGAGGAGCUUGUUUUACAGGGUAACCAAAUUGCGAUACUUCCCGACAACUUCGGAAAGCUAGCCAGAGUUAACAUCUGGAAAGUAAAGGACAACCCUCUCAUUCAGCCUCCUUACGAGGUCUGCAUGAAAGGCAUCCCGUACAUAGCUGCCUAUCAGAAGGAACUGGCGCAUUCACAGCCUGCUGUGAAGCCCAGGCUAAAGCUGGUGCUGAUGGGACAGAAAACCGCGGGCAAAACCAGCCUGAGGCAGUGCGUGGUGGGCAAAACGCAGGACACUGAGGUCCCCAUCGGAAACCAGGGGAUCGACGUGACCAACUGGGUAGCGGAUGCUGAGCGGAGUCUGACGUUUACUGUGUACGAUCUCUCCGGGAGGCCCAACUACGACCUGAUCAAACCCUUCUUCCUUUCCCCAGGGGCGCUGUACAUCCUGGUGGUUAACCUAAAGACGUACACGCCCAGGACGUUUUACACCCACGUCGGGUAUUUCCUCCACCUCCUGGGCGCCAAGGUGCCCCACGCGGUGGUGUGCCUGGUGGGGACGCACUCCGACCUCUGUGAGGAGGCGGAGCUGGAGGAGAAGGGCCUGGACAUCCACCGGCAGAUCGCUGUGCAGGAGCGCAGGGACAGGGAGGGCCUGCAGGCUGUGGCCAGGCAGGUGGACCAGGCCCUGGAGCAGGGCUACGACGUGCGCGCCGCCAGCCCCCACGUCCUCUUCUACGGCGUCACCGACAAGAACCUGCGGCGCAGGAAGUCGCAGCUGCAGUACCUGCUGAACCACCGGCUGCAGAUCCUGUCGCCGGUGCUGUGCGUGAGCUGCGUGGGGGCGCGGCGGAACGUCCGCCGGCUGAGGGAGAAGCUGACGUCGGUGGCCGACCACCGGGAGAUAUUCCCCAACCUGCACCGCGUGCUGCCCCGGUCCUGGCAGACGCUGGAGGAGCUGCACUUUAAGCCCCGGGAGCUGUGGCUCUCCUGGUGGGACUCGGCCCGUCUGGGCCUGCAGGCGGGGCUGACGGAGGACCGGCUCCAGAGCGCCCUGUGCUACCUGCACGAGAGCGGCAAGCUGCUGUACUUCGAGGACAGCCUCACCCUCAAGGAGUACGUCUUCCACAACCUGCCGCGCUUCAUCGCCAUCCUCAACGUCUUCUUCCAGAGGGACUCGGCGGCGCUGCUGGAGAAGCUGCGGGGGGCCGGGGCCGGGGCCGGCGGCGGGGGGGACCAGGCCAAGGCCAGCCAGCUCCAGCACCACGUGGAGGGCUUCCUGCUCCACGGCCUGCUCCCCUCCCACGUCAUCCGCCUCCUCCUCAGCCCCCUCAUCCAGACCCAGCAGGACCUGCACCUCAUCCUGGAGCUGCUGGAGAAGAUGGGCGUCUGCUACUGCGUCAACAAGCCGCGGGGAAAGCCGCUCAACGGCGCCACCCUCUGGUACAAGUUCCCCAGCUACGUCAGCAACGAGGAGCCCCACGCGGAGGCCUGGGUGAACGGGGGAUCGGCGCUGACGGGGCAGCUGUUCUCCGUGGAGCAGCUCCAGAUCGAGUACUGCUUCCCCUUCCUGUUUCCCCCCGGCCUGUUCGCCCGCUACAGCGUGCAGAUCAACAGCCACGUGGUGCAGCGCGCCGACGGGAGGCACCAGAUCUUCGCCUACCGGGGCAAGGUGCCCGUGGUGGUGAGCUACCGGCCGUCCCGGAGCCGGCUGCAGGUCGACACCCUGUCCAUUGCCAGCCACGCCUCUUUGCCAAAUAUCUGGACCGCUUGGCAAGCUGUCACACCCCUGGUGGAGGAGCUGAACGUCCUCCUGCAGGAGUGGCCGGGGCUCCAUUACUCCGUACACGUCCUGUGCUCCAAGUGCCUGAAGAGAGGGUCGACCACCCCCCACACCUUUCCAGGUGAGCUCCUCAGCCAACCCCGGCCGGAGGGAAUGACCGAGAUCAUCUGCCCAAAGAACGGCUCGGAGCGGGUCAACGUCGCCCUGGUGUACCCUCCCACCCCCACUGUGGUCAGCCCCUGCCUAAAAUGAGACCCCAUGCUGCAGUGCCCCGGCCCCACCCCGCCCCGCCCUGCCCUGCCCACUCACCCUUCUGUCUGCUUCUGCCACCUCACCCUGUCUCUGCACAGCGCCCCCUACUGGCCUGCCCUGCCCCAUGAGAGCAGAGACACACAGCCUGAGCAAUUGGGUUAACCUGGCUCGGCUGCUCUUUUAAACUGUCGCUGGAAACCGCACCUUUCAAAAGCCUGUUGGGACUGGAAGCAGCUAACUGUGUUGGACACUCCAUGGACACUUGUUUAUUUUACCCUGCCGUCGCUCCCUCGCCAUCUGCUUCCAUCCUCCAGCGUCCGUCUGUAUGUCUGUCUGUCCCCCCCCCGGGGGUUAAGGAAGGGGAGGUCCAGAGCUGUAUUGUCAGUCAGGAUCAGCACAUAAAUACACUGAAUAACAAUAAACUAAAAACAGGACGCAUCCCAUAUCGAUGUAUCAAUAUAUCACAAUCAAAGUGAGGCUCUGUAGGUGGUAAAAAGCUAUAAACCACCCAAAAAAGAGGUGAGAAACCUGUUAUACGUUUGAAAUGCAUAUAUUCAAAAGCAUAUUUCUGAUGCAUGUAAAACACUGUCCAGACGCAUCCUACACUGCCCAUCCCAGUUAUCCAGCUCAGUGGCGAGAGGAGUGGGGGAAUGUGUACUCAGACAACAUCUUUCAUUACCCAUAAUGCUGCUGGGCCAGGGGCAGUGCGUUGUCCCACCCCAUGCUGGGACAUGGGGUGUAAGCCAAUCAGGCGGCAGUGAUAGAAACGUCACCCAGGCAACAGGGUCCUUGUCUCUGCCGUGCAGUAUGGAGGUGGGGCUCCAGGGGUCAAAGUGCACAGGGUCACAGGACUGAACCAUUGUUGAGUUCAAAGGUCAUCAGGAUUCUGCAUCGGCAUCUAAUGCCAACUGGGUCUGUUUUAUGGGCUCAUUUAAGGGGUGGAAGAGUUCCACAGAUUUGUGCAUUUCAGAGCUGGCCUUUUUCUGUCCAGAUUAUACAAAAGUCACCAUGCACAAUAAAAGGAGAAAUGGGGUGACUGACCACCCACCAAACCAAUAACAGUUAUUUAAUAAGCGCUUACUCUGUGUGGAAAUUUCCAGUGCCCCCCAAAAAUAAAAAUAAAAUGCUCAAUUUGCUCAAAUCUCAUAAUCCUUACCAGUAGGCUCUGAAAAAUGGAAAUAUUGACGGAAGUCUCUAAUCGCAGUUCUCGACAGUUCUCGACACACAAAGCACUUGCAGUUUUUCUCAGGGGUUCCUGAGAGUUGGCACUUUUAAUCCCAUCCCUCUGAGGAGCAGGCCUAGGGGGGAAGCUGAGCCCAGUCGGCGGCCAAUUGGCCAAUGACUGCCCAGGACACCAGGUCAAGUAGGCCAUCCCUGGAAACGAAUGAAUAAAGUGCUGAGUGACACUGAAAACCAGCACCCCCUGCAGCUCUCCCAGGGCAAAAUACCACUUGUAUGGAGGAAAACACCGAAAUUCAAUUGACAGAGUUGCGGGAGGGUGUGGAAAAAGCCAUGCUGAGAGUCAGGAAUAAGUCUUCUUAGCCCUGCUAAAGCAAUGUUUCCCCUGCUUGCUAAAUACACGGGGUGUGGUAACGCAGAGUGCAGGUUACAAUGUGGCACCACAUCAGCCAAAGAUACAAAAACAGUGAUUCUACAGACCAGGCCUGGGUCACAUACAUAAAUGUUUUGGAUUUGAAUGCCUUCCUGAGCUUGUCUGUUGUAUUGGAACCUAUGGCAAACCCUGCCUUCUGGUCCUCUUGGUUGACUCAAUUGCACCAGGCAAGAUCAGUUGAGCACAGAAAAGUAUGUGAAUCCAAAAGUAGGCAUUUGACCCAGGUCUGAUACAGUAUAUCGUGAUCCUUCUGCGCCCUUUCUGCUUUGUGUGUCAUGAAACCCAGGGCUAAAGCUACGAAGUUAAUACAUUUCUCAAAUGGAGCAGGGGGCGUAUAAGGGGUAACUGCCACAUUGGAAAUGUGAAUUUUUGCUGUGUAGUGUAGCCAAUCUCUGACCAAACUUUAGAAAGCAUUCUGUGUGAAGUGUGUCAUCUGUUUCUCAUCCCGAGGGGGAAGCUGAAUGGCUGGUCUUAAAGGUCAGCCGAAUAUGUAUCAUGGGGGUGCAAAAUGGACAGGAAGAAGACUGAGAAGAAACGCGAAACAGGGAGAAGGCCAACUUUUUUGGACACUUUAUUUUGGACAUUUCUCCCCGGUGGCGUUCUUCGACGUUCGCUUUUUGCCACUUCCCUCAUUUCCAUCGUCAGGAGAUGUGGACGUCUUAAAAUAAUUAAAAGAUAGAUAUCACAAAAAGAAACGUAUGUAAAAUGUUUAAGAAAAUCACAGUUGAUACACUUUUUGUAUAUAAUAUCUUUAUUUUUGUAAACGGACUCGAGCAGUCGUCAGCCUCGUUCAGCAUUAUUUACAGUGCAAUGUUCAGCAUGGGUUAUGAUGAUCAGGGAGAGAAUCUGCAGAGCUAUAUGUGUAUAUAGCUGGUCAAACCAUCUCACAUCGUGAUCAUGAAAAGCACCAAAUCCUAAUAAACCCGUAUAUGACUUUCAGUA